AUGCCGCUAAACUUGUUUAAAAAAUGGCCACAGACCUACGGCUUCGACAUCUAUGGAAAGGGCCCGAGCUACGUGGUCUCGGUGGAGAGGGGUAGUCUAGCCUACAAAUCUGGCCUCAUGCCCGGGGAUCAAAUCCUAGAGGUGGGGGGUCAGGAUGUCACCCAGAUGUCGGCAGACGAGAUCAAGCUGCUGAGCAAGUCCAUCUCUGGCCAGCCGCCGGAGCUAGAGGUCGUCUCGUGUUUACAGACCACGAUCGUCUCCCCUGAUCACAACAAGGGCUAUGGGUUCACUGUAGGCAGGGACAGGCCGGUCGUCGUACAGUCAGUGGAGUUUGGGAGUCCUGCGUUUUUAGCUGGGCUAAGGACAGGGGACAUCAUACUGGAGGUGAAUAGCCGGUCACCUGUUUCCAUGGAGACCAUCCAAACGUUUCUAGCCCUACGUCCAGAAAAGCUGACUCUCCUAGUUAUUCCUGUGUCUCAAAUGAGCAAUCUGGUGCACGUGGAUAAAAAUAUUUCUCACCUCAAUGAGCCAGACAUUAGACUCUACCAGGCUAAAGAUUUACACAAUAAGAUGGAGCAUCUACUGGGAGAUGACUAUGAGAGUAAAAUGUCCAUAGUAGCUGCUCUGAAACACUAUGCAGAGGAUCGUGACCUUUCAACUCUCUGUCAGCUUCUGAACCAUGUUCUGCGGUCUAGUGAAGAGAGAAAUAUACUCAAACAAAUCAGGCAUUUAAUACCUCCCAACCAACGGCCUGAGUUUGAUGCGUUGAUGUAUCCAGCCAACGACAUAACAACGACGUUUGACAGCCAUUUCUCUAUCGAGGCCAUCCCGUCUAUUGACACGCAACUACUGGGGCAAAAAAAAACUAUUCAGAUUGUUCGAGAAGAUGAAAGUUUUGGAUUCGUAAUCAAGUCCAGCAACCCUGCAUACAUUGAGUCCAUUGACACUGGCGGAGCAGCAGAACAAGCUGGACUGAAAAAUGGAGACAUUCUUCUCAAACUGAAUAACAUAGACAUCAGGAAAUUUGACCACGAUAAAAUAGUUCAGUUGUUGCGUGACAGUGGGUCAGCUCCUACGCUGGAGAUUCUUCGAUGUUCAAAGUAUGGUAGCAUGAGAUCUCUGUCCUCAUCAUCUUCCUCGUCUAGUCAUGACUCGCUGGACAGUGUCCUGUUUAACCCUCUGGUCACAGAUGAUGAAGGACAAAGUUUCUCCCAGCAGAUCUAUUUUCUGCUGACAACAAAAGAAAGAAAAGUUUUGAUAAGAGCAUUAAAAAACUACAAUAUUAAUAGGGAAGUUGUGGAGCUUCAUGAGACUUUGUCAAACCUGCUGGACACCCCAUCCAAAAAGAUUCUCUGGCACUUUUUGUUCCUGCAGUUACCUCCCAGUCACAGAGACUAUGUUUCCCAUAGAGUUUCUCUCCAGCCUUUUCGAAUGGGGGAGGUGGCUCAGCAACUGGAAGAAAAAAUCCCAGAUUUCCCAUCAUCCUUUCAACAGCAAGUAGAUUUUCUACUGACGUCUGCUGAGCGAGAUCUAUUUAGAAAGUGCCUAAAGGAAUAUUUUCAAAAUCAUGAUGUUCAGUAUCUGAUUAGAACUAUGAAUAGUUUUAUGGAUACACCAUCCAAAAGGAUUCUAUGGAAAGCUGUGUUGUCAGCUGUUUCUCAAAAUGACAAGACAGCAAUAAUUGAACAAAUUAAUAUACCUGGCAGCAAACAAGAUAUAGAUUUCACAGAGGAAAUUUCAGAUGAAAUAAAGACAAGUGGAAAGUUUUAUAUCAGUUCAUCUGAUGAGUCAAAGGAUGGGGACAGCAUCCAGGUGGAUACUGCAACUAAUACAGAGGAAGACAUUCUUUAUGGCCAUGGUAAAAUCUACAAUACAAAGAAUUAUCAUGGUUUUUCUCAUGAUGAACAAGCAAGGAGUUCCAAAAGUUCAGAGAGCUGGGACAAUGGGGAGUCAUCUGGUGAAAGCAAAAGUUAUGAGGAUCACCUGAUGAAAGAACUGGGAGAAACAAAAAAGGCAGUUCAAGAGAUUCGAGAUGCAUUGAUGGUUAAAAAAAAAAGGGAAAGUGUCGACCAAGCUGGCUAUGUCAGACUAACAGAAUCUAACGAUGUCAAGAGUUACGUCACAAUCAUUCCAGUUGGUCAAGAUGAAGACACUUCAGAAAAAAAGCAUCUUAAAUUUUUUCCCAAGGAUCCAGUUGAGCAAGCUCCCAAUUAUGUAAAAGAUGUGGUUCUGCAGGACAGCAGAAUAAACAACUCAUAUGAUGAAUCUAGUGAAGAGGAGGAUGUUGAAUCAACAAUCAGCCAAUCAUCUCAGGUGCCACCACCCCAGGUCUCCCAAUCCUGGAAUUCCUGGGUUCCAACAUCCCAGACACAAAAAACUUUUCCAAUUCAGACACAUCAAAAACUCACCCCACCUCCCAGAACAUCAGACACCACCCCACCUCCCAGAACAUCAGACACCACCCCACCUCCCAGAACAUCAGACACCACCCCACCCUUAGGGUCACAAACUGCACCUACCCAGAUGCCAGCUGGUCUAACAACGACAAACACCUCUCCAUCAGCAGGACCUGACACACCUCCAUCUCAAUCUUCACCAAACAGAGUUACAUUUGGCCUCAAAACUGUUAGAAUUGGAAACCAAAGUUGGAAAAAUACGGAAAAAAAUCAGAAUGACCAAAAGUUAAAGAGAGAGGGAGCUAAUCAAGCAACAGAGCCCCUGGUUGAAAAACUCCCUCCCCCACCACCACCGCCACCCUUAAAGCCAAAUUUUUUUGAAGAAAACACCAACCGAAUGAGUGUAAAGAGAAUCAACUGGGAGAAGCUGGACAACAAAAGUGUACACAAUACUAUAUGGGAGAAGUUGAAUGAGAAUGACCUGAGCGAAGUUAUUCGCUAUUUGGAACUGGAGACUCAGUUUAGUAUAAAACCUUCACAACAACGAGAUAUUGAAAAGAGGAAAGAAAUUUUGAUUAUGGACCAAAAGAAAGCUUAUAACAUUUCUAUUCUCCUGGGCCACCUUAAGAUGUCUGUUGCAGACAUCAAGAAGGCGUUGUACAGGAUAGAUGAGAAUGUUCUGACCCCUGAACUCUUGAGACAACUUUUGGCCUUUGCUCCCAAUGAAUAUGAAAUUGGCCAGUACAAGCAGUUUAGUGGAGAUUUAUCUCGUCUUACUAAACCAGAUCAGUUUGCAUACCAGAUGAGCUUGGUUGGCAACUAUGAAGAGAGACUAAAAUCUUUGUUAUUUAAAGCUAAUUUUAAAGAAAAAUGUCAGGAACUACAAGAGCACCUACAAGAUAUACUAAAAGCUUCAUCUGAACUGAAAAACAGCAAAAAGCUUGCUCGCCUUCUUGAGAUUAUUUUAGCCAUGGGAAACUACAUGAACAAGGGAAACAAUAGAAUUGGACAAGCUGCUGGCUUUAGGAUAACUUUCUUAAAGCAGCUAGACACCACUAAAACCUCAAACAAGAGCUCUUCAUUCCUUCAUGUUUUGGCUGAUGCAGCAUUCAACAAGUUCCCAGAGGUCCUGAGUCUAUCUGAUGAGCUGAAAACUGUUGAAAAAGCAUCCAAAGUUUCUAUUGAUGAAUUAGGACAAGAUAUUUUUGAACUAGAAAAUGCACUUCAGAAUACAUCGAUAUUCCUAGACACCAUCUGUAACCAAAAUGUUGCCUCAGAGCCUGGUGAUUGCUUUCAAACUAUCAUGAGUGAUUUUCUGAAAGACGCCAAGAAUGAGAUAGAAGGUCUGAAGAAACUGUAUAGCAAAUGUACAGGGGAGGUGUCAAACACUGUGGCAUUUUUUGGGGAAGAUCCAAACACAGUGAAGACAAGUGAGGUCUUUGGGAUCUUCUCCCAGUUCAUUCACAGUUUUGAGAGAGCUCACAGCCACAAUUUAAUUUUUAAGAGGAGAUGAUCACAAGAUGGUCACAGGGAGAUGACACGUUCACCUUGGAUGCUUCAAGUUUGAGAAAUAAACUUCAUAAUUGUAUUUUUUUAGUAUCAUUUUUCCCACUUGCUUAGUGUGUUAUACAGAUAUAUGUUGUAUAGAAAGUAGUAUGUAUUGUGGCUUAAAAUUAUUUUAAAAAUAAAAUGCAUAAAGGAACACAACGAGGAUGAAUAUAAGCAACAAAGAGUUUUUUAUUCUAAAUGUAUUGUA